AUGCAAAUCAUUCUUUUUCUUGCUAUCUUCUUUUCGUUGAGCUUUAAUGCUCUUUCCAUGCCCGUCGCUCCUCAGAAUCACCUUCAAGGCCGGUCCUUCAAGGUAGAGAGAGUCAAGCGCAGUGGCCAUGUUGUUGCCCACGGACCUGCGGCACUGCGCAAGGCAUACCGCAAGUUCGGAAUUGAUGCAGCAACCCUCGAUGGGGUGGACGCGAGCGACUUCCAGCCUUUCGAAAUUAAGUCUACCACCUCUGUGAAAAUUGCAAAGGAAGAUGUGGUGGACUCUGACCAGACGGGCAGCGUGGAUGCCACUUCGGUUGAUGGGGACGUGGAAUUUGUCUCGCCGGUCAAUAUUGGCGGACAGACCCUCGAUAUGAAUUUUGACAGUGGCUCUGCUGAUAUGUGGGUGUUGAGCUCGAAACUUCCAAAGUCACUGCGAAACAGCCGAACUGUGUACGAACCCAGCAAAUCCAGUACUUUUGAGGAACUCCCCGACAGCACAUUCAAGAUCCAGUACGGCGACGCGUCCUAUGCAAAUGGUGGAGUAGGCAAGGAUGAUGUCUCGAUUGGCGGUGUCAAAUUUGCUGGGCAACCAUUUGGCCUUCCGACGGAUAUUUCGCAAUCAUUCGUUGAUGACCUCGAGUCUAACGGACUCGUCGGUCUUGGCUUUUCUUCAAUCAACACUGUCACCCCAGAGCGACAACAUACGUUCUUCGACAACGUUGCCCCCAGCCUCGAUGAGCCAGUCUUCACCGUUCGACUACUCAGCAACGGUGUCGGUGAAUAUGAAUUUGGAACCAUCGAUCCGAAAAAGUACCAAGGCGUCCUGGCCAAUGUCAGCGUGGAUUCAUCCAAUGGAUUCUGGGAGUUCGACUCGGCACAAUACGCCAUUGGAGAAGGCUCCAUGCACCCGAUCACCCAGGCACCCCAGGCCAUUGCUGACACUGGCACCUCGCUCAUGAUGGUGAGCCCCGAGGUUGCGGAAGCUUAUUAUAAGCAGGUCCAUGGCGGAUUAUACGCUAAGAAUGCCAACGGGUAUAUCUUCCCUUGCAAUUCGAGCUUGCCCCCCCUAUCUGUUGCGGUUGGGCCUAGUCAUUCGGUCACCAUCCCUGGGUCGUUUAUGAAUUGGUCCGAGGUCGGAACCAAUACAACUACUGGAGAAACAGUGUGCUAUGGUGGCCUUCAGUCAAGCGGAAGCUCAGCCAUGGCGAUCUAUGGCGAUGUGUUCUUGAAGGCACUGUUUGUGGUCUUUGAUCAACGAGGCCCUUCUCUGGGAUUCGCGGCGCCUGCCUAA